AUGGAGACUAAUAUUUGGAGUAUUUUUGUAGUUUAUAUGAGUUUAAUUUCAAUAAAAUUAUCUGAGUCAAAUAAAAUAAAAAUAAGUGGACCUGGUUUACAACCUCAAAAUAUUGUGAUGCCGGCUAGAUAUUUUCUGGUAAAUUUUACGUAUUUAAACGAAGACUCAUACACACCCCACUUAGGUAAGAAUUUGGCAGUUGAAAUAAAUGGAAGAUCUACCAAAAGUAACUUUUGCCGUGUUUGGGUUAACACACUAGAUCGUAAAGAUGGUACAUUUAUUGUACGUUAUAAAGUUUAUGAAACAUGUACUAACCUGUCUAUCAGCAUAUAUUAUAAAAACAAACAUAUUGAAAAUUCCCCUUUCAUGUUUGAUGGUCCUAUUCAACCUGAUCAAUGUAAUUGUCCUGAUGAAGAUUUAAAUUUAUGGUUAAAAAAAUAUGGCUGUUCCUCUUCUUAUGAAAACAUUAUAAAUGACUUAAAACCAUUCAAUAAAUUAGACAUGACCGUUGAAAUCCAGAAAAUUGUCCAAAAAUAUCAUAAGCCAGAGAGUACCAGUUUUUGCCACUAUGUGAUUAAAAACAAUAAAAUAUAUCGUGAUUGUUAUGGAAAACACAUUGGUUUUAACAUGUUUGCGGAUAAUAUUCUGUUGUCAUUAGCAAGAAAAGUAUUUUUACCAGAUAUGGAACUGGUUAUUAAUCUAGGUGAUUGGCCUUUAGUACAUAAAGGUAAUGAGCCACUUCCUGUGUUUUCUUGGUGUGGUAGCAAUGAAACAAUUGAUAUUGUAAUGCCUACAUAUGAUCUAACAGAAUCAGCCUUAGAAAAUAUGGGAAGAAUUACUCUUGAUACAUUAUCAGUGCAGGGUAAUGUUGAACUAAAGUGGAAGAAUCGCAAACCGAUAGCAUUCUGGCGUGGGCGCGAUUCACGCGCUGAAAGACUUAAACUUAUUGACAUUGCGCGAGCUUAUCCAGAACUUUUUAAUGUUUCACUUACAAAUUUCUUUUUUUAUCGCGACAAAGAAGCUCAGUAUGGUCCAAAGCAACCGCAUAUAUCCUUCUUCAAGUUUUUUGAUUACAAAUAUCAAAUAAAUGUUGAUGGAACAGUAGCAGCAUAUCGGUUUCCUUAUCUUCUGGCAGGCGGUGGAAUGGUUUUAAAACAAGAUUCGCCCUAUUAUGAACAUUUUUACCGAGAUCUUCGUAAAUGGGAACAUUAUGUGCCUGUUGCUCGUGAUUUGUCAGAUUUAGUAAAAAGAAUAAAAUGGGCACGAGAACACGACUAUGAAGCACAUGUUAUAGCUGAUAAUGGUCGGAAAUUUGCAUUAGAAAACUUGCUGCCGCAACAUAUAAUAUGCUACUAUGCAAAGUUAUUCAGUGAAUGGAGUAAAAGAUUAGAAAACAAAGUAACAAUACGUGAUGGCAUGACCCAUGUACCACAACCAAAAUUCGAAUGUAAUUGUCCACUGAAAAAUAAGAAUAUUCAUGAGGAGUUGUGA